CAUGUGUGUGUUUGACUCAGUGUGUGUGUGUGUCAGUGAGUGAUGUGUAUCCUUGGGAUUGGUCCAGAGGUAGAAGUGCAGAGGCUUGAACACAGAGCCCUCCCUGUUGAGCAUAAACCAGGCUACGACAUCUUAACCACGGACACACUUCACCUCCUAACCAUUCAUCCUGGACUGACUCUGCUCUCCAUCCACUAUCUUCAGCUCCACAGACAUACAGUCUCAUCUGCCGCAGUUGCUGUUAACCAGCUUACCUGACCCAGCUCUACAACAGACAGGACAGGACUAUCCGAGGAGGAUGAGCAACAUGGCCACGGAGAUCGUUGCCUUCAUCCUGACCAUAUCUGGAUGGAUCCUGGUCUGCUCCACGUUGCCUACUGAUUACUGGAAGGUGUCCUCCGUGGAUGGGACAGUCAUCACCACAGCGACCUUCUGGUCCAACCUGUGGAAGACCUGCGUCACGGAUUCUACAGGAGUGUCCAACUGUAAAGAUUUCCCCUCCAUGCUGGCUCUGGAUGCGUAUAUCCAGGUGUGUCGGGGCCUGAUGAUUGCGUCUGUGUGCCUGGGGUUCUUUGGAGCCACCCUGGCCCUGAUGGGAAUGAAGUGUACCAGGAUCGGAGGCUCAGAGAGCACCAAGGCCAGACUAACAGGCCUCUCAGGCCUUCACUUCAUACUCAAUGGGCUUUGCUCCUUGACUGCAUGCUCCCUGUACGCACACAGGAUCACAUCAGAGUUCUUUGACCCACUCUUUUUUGCUCAAAAGUUUGAGCUGGGCGCAGCGCUCUUCAUCGGCUGGGCUGGCUCUGUGCUCUGCAUUUCAGGAGGACUCAUAUUCUGCCUCUCCUUGUCAGAGGGCUUCAGGCAAGUUUGUACAAUUUAAUGAAACAAUGGUCAAUUACAGAAAAGUAUUACUUUGACAGACGUGUUCCCCCCCCCCCUUCCAUUUACUCAGUGUGUUAUGUAAUCUGUAAGUACUGUACGUAUCUCAACAUCAUGUUGACUGAGACACAGAAAUGGAAAGUUAUCUAUAAUAGAGUAGACGGACCGUAAAGCUUGUCAUUCAGUAAGGCAAUGAAGCUGUUUAAUAUGAACUGUAAUGAAGUUGUUUAAGUACUGGCAUAUCCAGGGAUCACUGUCAACAUCUUGUUUCAUAGUGACAACAGUAUAAGGACAUGCACUGUAUGUUGAUGACUGAAUGUUUUCUUUGUGUAUAGUAUCAACGCAUUUAUGUGAAAGUCACCUUGGGUGGGGGGCCUAGGGAACGAGUGCAUAGGGUGGGAUGAGGUAACAGGCUGCUUCAAUAACUGUCACUACAAUUGGCCUAGAUCCGAGACUUCUCUGUCUUCUGAACUCAAACUUUUUUUUUUGUUACCAUGGAAAGGGAAUGAGGACACUGUAUAUCUCAAAGGAGUAACCCUUAGUGUUUUCCUCUAGUCGAGCAGAGUGCUCCUACAGUGGUGGUACGUCUAUGGUAACCAAGCGUCACAAACCCGGCAAGUCUGCCAACAGUUUCUACAAAUCGCCAGUUUCCACAGACCCCCGAGUCCCAGCAGAGCACUCAAGGCAGUUUGGAAAGAACGUCUAUGUGUGACAACGGACGGACCACUGGCAUUGGGCAUAUGGUCAUAUGAGGUGACCGUGGACUGUUUGACCCUUGGGCUAAGCUUGUUGAGGUCACCUUUUCAUACCUCUUCAACCAGAACCCCAAUUCCUUAUUGAGACGGAUUCCUGUGUGAUUACAUUACCUAAGGGUGUGUUGCAUGCUACCUGCUUUUAUUUUCCUUGAUAUCGCACUUCUUUCCAAUGCACUGUACAUAGAACAUUGUUUUUGAUAUCUUCUCUGCCAAAGGAGACUCCUUGCUGUCUCUGUGCCUCUGCUGUAUAACUGACUUGAACAAUGUCACCCCCUGUGGCACAAACAAUGCUGGUGGAAAUAACCCUUGAAAUCAGCAAGAGGAAAUAGAUUGUUGGCUCCUCUCUAAAACCACAUUAGGUAAUAGGUCUCUUCUGUCAACGGGCGAUAAACAAAAGAAAUCAGAUAAGCUUGUUUUCUUCACAGGGCAGGAAAUUCGGUUUGGCUAGGAUCACAGUAUGAACUCCUGGGUCACCUUGAAGGGACAAACGAACUGGUGCUCUUCCAAAUCUAUUGUUGCUCAUUAGAUAUGCCUAAAGAACAAAUAUCAGGAAUAUGUGUCCGUUUGAGGUCAUCGAAAGACAUUACUCGAUUGGUUCAUUCCUGUACAUCUCCCAAUAUGUUGUAAACAGUGGCAAUGUCAAUAAAUGCUGUUUUUUUUUUGCAUACAAGAAGGAAUUCAGUGAUCAUUUUCUCUGAAUGAUCUGAUGAA